AUGAGCUAACUGUCAUUUUACAGUCCGCAGCUGCGUUAGCUGCCGUUACCGUCAGUAAUAGUUACGAGUGAAAGCAGUGCGUGACUAUCAUCUCUUUUCAGGUUCAAUACAGAAAAAGGAGAAUGGAAGAGAUAAAAACAGAGCCUGUGGAUUUUGUGAAGGAAUUUCAGGAGUACCUGACACAACAAACCCAGCAUGUCAACAUGAUCUCAGGCUCUGUUUGCGGAGAGAAGGAGUCAGGAGAGCAGUUUGAAGCCGUUGCCCCCAGGAGUGAGCAGAAUGGUCUCGACCCUCCGUCUGUGGAGGUGAGCCUGCCCGUGGAGGACGGGCCAGAUGUACAGAUGGACGGUCUGGAGAGGACCUGCGAUGGAAAGUACAAGUGCAGCUACUGCAGCUAUGCCAACAAGGGCAUGGCUCGUUUAAUAGAGCACAUCCGCAUCCACACAGGUCAGUGGUUACACUGCUGUCAUUCAUUCUUUAAGGCAACACCAUCCCUAAACAUCUCCCUGAAACACUGCAGGUAAUCCAAACACACAGCUCACAACCUGAUAUUAGACAAUCAGCCACAAUAAUAAAGCCACUAACAGGUUAAGUAAACAACAUUAAUCAUACUGUGUUUCAAUGUUCUGCUGGGAAACUUUGGGUCCUGGCAUUCAGGUGGACACUUGACAAGCACAACCACCCGAACACUGUUGCAGAUCAAGCACUGGAAAUUAGCACCGGCCAGUGGUAGAAUGUAACUAAGUACUUAUACUCAAGUGAUGUACUAAAGUACAAAUUUGAGGUACUUGUCCUUAACUUGAGACUUUUCCCUUCAUCCCACUUCAUACUUUUACUCCACCACAUUUCAGAGGGAAUAUUGUACUUUUUAUCU